AUGAAAUCAUCCGUCACUUUUUGUCUCUUGCGGCAACUGGCUCAAGUUGGUUGCUCAGAUCGCUCGAUUGGCGUCCCCCGACAGACACGAAGUUUGAGCUUGCUCUGUCAGGCUGACACCAAGUCACUCAUAGCCAAUCUCCACCUGGAUUUGGUCGUCUGGGGGUUGGAGCGCACUUCCUGCACGUUGUUUGCAGCCGGUGACCCACAUCGCUUCGGACGCCAAAAAGCGAUGGUGACGGACAACGACCCCCGAGCGCAGGGCUCAUCUUCGUCUUCAGCUACCCAACGGCGGCGUAAGAAGAGACCGCAGCAGGCGCCCUCCAGUUCGGCCCCAGCUGGUACGGAGGAGAAUGUGAUUGUGGGUGACCUUGCUCGCAUGGUUGGAGUUCAUGGCAAAACUCAGGAGAUCAUGGGCCACUCCGUGCCAUUGAUCUAUCUCAUCGUUGGGGCGAUUGCUUUGCUAUGGAUCUCGGGUAACACCAACGCGAUCCAUAUGAUUGUUCUCGGUUUCCUCAUCUACAUGUACUCCCAGUAUACUCGAGCGCAAAGUGGAGGCUCCGGAGGAAGUCCACCCGAUGACAACAGCAGCCGUGGACAUGUCAUCAACCCUGGCCGUUGA